AUGGCUCGACAGCCCGUUAGUGGUACUUUAGCUGGACAAUCUGUUUGUGCGUUGCCUCUGUCUUCACAAGAAUGGCAUUCAACAGGAUGGAUUGAAAAGCUGCAGAUCCAUCGUCGAGAUUGUAUAAUAUAUCAACCACGAAACCAUCGCAAUGUAGACGAUAAUUUAUGUGUAUGUAAUCGUUGGUUACACGAACAUCGUUGGUUACACGUUCCUCAGAAACAUACAGAUGAAAAUGCAAUGUGGUCAAUUGAGAAUAAUACGAAAACGCAAUUAACGAAUGCUUACGCUAACUUAGAAAAUACAAGCGCACAGACUGAUCAGACUCGGUACAGCGGCUUGACUGGUGCAGUAGCAGACACAGUCAAGCAAGCUGAUUGUUAA